AUGUACGUCUACAUGCACCCGGACAGGGACACGAAGAUAAACCAGGCCCAGAUCCCGGGCACGAACAACACCAGGGCCAGAUCCGUCUUCGUGAACAAGCCCAUGGAGACGGACCCCGAGCCGGUGAGGGGGAGGACCAGCAUCGCGGAGUCGGAGAGCGUCUGGACCAAGAUGUUCUCCAGGGCCAUGGACAUGGUGUCAGACACGCUCAAGGAGGUGGACGACGAGACCAUCAUCGACGUGGCCAUGACCACGAUCUGCGAGGAGGACGAGCGGGAGAUCGACCUCACCGCUCUGCUCGCGGACGCACUCGUGAUGUACAUGCAGGCGUCGGGCCUAGACGGCCCCCCGAACGGGAUCAAGCCCGUCAUCGAGAUGUUGGACCCGCCCACGAUCGAGACGGCGAAGACGAUCGGGGACUCCCUCAGCGACGUGGUGAAGGACGAGAACACAAGCCCCUUCCUUCGAUCAUAA